CAUCACCAUCUUAAAGAGGUGGAAACAAGUGGCAAACUAUAGGGAAUAAAUGUAGCAGAAAAAAGAGGCAGAAAAGGUCAAGCAUCCAAAUGUCGUUGCCACCAUUUUUGGCUCUGAACACACCUCUUCCUCUUCUCAAUCCCAUGGCAACAAAGGCUAGUUAGGAGAGAGAAAACAUAAUCUAGCAAUAAAAAAAAUGGCAUUCAACAGAACCUUCUGAGAUCAAACAGAAAGAGAGUGUGUGUUUUUAAGUGGAGAGAAGACAAUAUAAUGUCAAUGUUUGAUGGGAUGAGCACCGAGGGCGUAGACGACGUCGCUCAACCUGACGACACCACCACUCCGUUCGACGAUUAUGGUGGUUAUGAUCCUAACAGUUACCCUGUUAGCGGAGACGAUCUGUCCGCCGAAUAUCAGGAAUACAGCGCGUCGAACAACGUUGCAUCGCCUUUCGAAGCGGAGUUGAAUGAAGAGCAUGACAAUGAAGAUGAAAACCAGCGUAAUGAGUUAGAUGAAGCGGUUUUUGCUUCAGCAGAUGAUAAUGGGAGUACGCCUGUUCUUCCUCCUCCCUCUCAAAUGGAACCUGAGGAAGGUGCUGCUUUUCGCGAAUGGCGUCGCCAAAAUGCCAUUCACCUCGAAGAGAAGGAGAAGCAUGAGAAGCAAAUGAGAAAUCAGAUAAUUCAGGAAGCUGAUGAGUAUAAACUUUCGUUUUAUGAGAAAAGAAAGCUCAAUUGUGAGGCUACGAGGACGCAGAACAGGGAGAGGGAAAAGCUAUACUUGGCGAAUCAAGAGAAGUUCCACAAAGAAGCUCACAAACAUUACUGGAAAGCAAUUGCUGAAAUCAUUCCACGGGAAGUUCCGAAUCUUGAGAAGAGAGGAAAGAAAGAUGGAGAUAAGAAACCCACGGUGGUGGUUAUCCAAGGACCAAAACCAGGAAAGCCCACUGAUCUUUCUCGAAUGCGUCAAAUCGUUCUGAAGUUGAAGCAGAAUCCUCCACCCCAUAUGAUGCCUCCCCCUCCUACUCCUUCCAAAGAUGGAAAGGAUGGGAAAGAAGAAAAAGAUAAGGAUGGGAAGGUAGCAAAGCAAGAUUCAAAAGAUGAUGAAAAGGCCGAGAAGAAAGACAUUGUACCAACCUCUGGUGAGAAAGCUGCCGAAAACAUGUCCAAUUCAUCUACUGAUAAUGUCGAGAAAGCUGCUAAUAACACGGAUGGAGAGUCCAAACCAGAGAAUCAACUAACACAAGAUGCAGAGCUAGUACCUUCUGCAUGAUGACCAACCUUUUUCUUCUAGUAUUAUUUAUUUCACUUGAUAAGCCUCUGCCAGAGGUUUUGGUCAAUUCGUUGUUCAUAUUUGCAGUUUUGCUGUCGGAGUGAUUCUUGUUUACUCUCUAGCAUUGAGAAUAACCUUAAUUAGAUCAAGAUGUUGGACGUUCAACAGUAUUUGCUAUCUAUUUUUAUUAGUUAGGAAAUUAUAUUCUUUUACAUGGUUAAGAAUUUUAUAAAGGAUGGUACCACUUUGGUGGAUGAGUUUUGUUAAA